AGUGAGCACGCAGUGUCACUAGAUGCUAGAAGCCGGCGCGGCAGCAAACCUGACCUAGAAUCCGACAGCCUGCCAGGACCUACUCGGAACCGGACCACCCGUCGGUCCAGCAUUCCUACUGCGAGCCAUUUGGACUAGUACAAACCGACUUCGUUGCAAGCCCGGUAGCGGCUCGUCUGGCUGUGCGUGCGAGCGAGCGACGCCGGGAGCUCGCUCGCUGAUCACCACAGGAUGUGCCGUGUGGCAUCGUGUGCCACACUGCUACUGGCAUUGCUCUUCCUGCUGCGAGGUGCAGCUGCUCAGCAGUGCCCCGAUGAAACGGUGGCACUCGUCUACAACAACGGCACCGGAUACGCAGUGCAAUGCUACCAAUACCUUCAAGGUCGUUACAGCUAUGAGGAGCGGCAGGAGCGCUCCGAACUCAGCAGAACGGAUUUUGGCAAUUAUUACUACUACUGGAAGCAGCGGCAGCCGACGGUGCGCGUCGUAGAAAGCGGGGCCACGGUGCAAUGCUCCGGAAACGUCUUUGACGAGUACACGUAUCAGUACUGCAACGCCGGCGGCUGCACAGGCGACACGCUGACGGGCACGCAGAGCAAAAACAGCAGCUGUGUUCAGUACCGUUUCUACGCCUUCACGGGGAACGUGUAUGCGUGGGUCAUGGGCGACGUGUCCAACCUCCAGACCUUCCGCCAGCUGGUGCGGGACACCGAUGACAGCCCCAACCUCAUCCUCAACUGGCGCGACUUCACCUCCUUUGACAGCACCUACUCGUCAACCGACACCAUCCUGAUCCAAAACUUGACACUGCUGGGCGGCAACUCCUCACCGCUGCCUGGGACAUCACCAUCUGGGUCCUUAUCACCACCGCCCGCUGGGACAUCACCGUCGCCACCCGUGCCACCACCCUUUGCAACGCCAUCACCGCCGCCACCCGUGCCACCACCCUUUGCAACGCCAUCACCGCCGCCACCCGUGCCACCACCCUUUGCAACGCCAUCACCGCCGCCACCCGUGCCACCACCCUCGCCAACGCCAUCACCGCCGCCACCCGUGCCACCACCCUCGCCAACGCCAUCACCGCCGCCACUUGUGCCACAGCCCUCACCAAUGCCAUCACCACAGCCCUCACCAACCCUAUCAUCGCCGCCCUCGCCACCACUCGUGCCACCACCCGCGCCAACGAAGUCUCCGUCGACGUCACUACCUCCCAGGCUGCCGCCGCCGCCACCGCCGUCACUGCUGCGGCCGUCGUCACCGCCGGUGCGGCCAAGACCGCCAGUACGCCAGCCGCCGCCGUCAUUGAGGAUGCCUAGGCCACUGCUGCUGAGCAAGUCCAAACCGCCCCCGCGGCCUCUACGCCGGCCGCGGGCCACCAGCAGUGGCAGUGGGGCAUCGCCGUAAUGAUGAACGACUGCUAGCGCUGAUUGCAUGGAGGUGAUCGAUUGCAGCCUUGACUACUGAGAGGUGCUUCUUACCGGGCUUCGUGGCCUCGGGCUUUCCUAUGCUUUGUUCAUGCGUUACGGUGAUCUGGUAAAGAUGGUGGUAGUACAAACUCGGAAGAAUGAUUGAAGAUGUUCAUAAUGCAUGUCCGCCUUAGCUACGAUCUCACCAACUCGAAUGGCCGACGUGCUGGCAUGAGGCUGGGCUGCCACAGCUGGAGGGGGCAGCCCCUACCACCCUCCACCCAUACAUACCAUGCCCGUAGCGCCCUGCUUGCGGCCCCCAUCCCUCCACCUGAUUUUUUUGUCUCAAUGACCUUUUCUAUUGGCCUUUGUAUGCGCGGUAUGUACGGACUGAUCUCGCUCGUCUCGCAAACGGCAAUGCAAACUAUCAUGGACAUUGGGGACGGGGGCGGGGCUUCCGUGGCACUUACGAAUUGGCGCAGGCGCCUGCACCCAAUGAGCGGCUCGUGCUACCUAAUGCAAUAGUCAUUGAUUUGCAGUAGGCGUCGGGCACACAUGCCCAAAUAGCCUUGAACACAAUCUUCAUGGUCCAAAUGCAUUUAUGUGAGGGGUGAUCUAAUCAGGGGCCAGGCAGGAAACCACAUGUAUGUAUGGGGUGUGGUGGGGUGUGGUGGCCUGCGCCGCCUAACGUUAGUUACAACUCAGGUGGCCAGCGUCGCAUGAUUUGCUAGAUCUGCCUGUUAGCGCUGGCUGCAGUAGCGGCAUGGGGCCGGGGUUAGUCUGGCGGCAGGUACCCUCCGUCGCCACAGCGUGGUGCCCGUAUCUUCCAUCUACUCUGUGGAAAUUCUGUCCAAACCCGCCGAAGGAGAAGGGAAUAGAAUGGGGAGCUUCUAAGGAAUGUGGACGUGUUGGCGUUGACUUCGCUCGCGGUAAUUGUCGACGCUUGUGGGGGUUUGGGGCGCUUGCCUCGUAAGAAACGUUUCCCGGCAUAAAUGCUGAUGAGGGAGGGGUCAUCUACGCUGUGUAGACGCCGCGGGCCUGAGGGCAUCUGCAAGAUGUCAGGCACUGCCCACUGCCCGCAGGCUGCUGUUAGUCAACGGUAUUUGGGUGUCGGUUGAUUGUGUCUGCAAGCAUUUGUGUCCCAACCGCUGCGCUGGAGUGGCGGCUCGCCGUGCACUCCGUGCACUUGGGGCAGACCUCGUGCCUCUUUUAAAACAUG